AUGCUUCUACAUUGUGUUGUUGCACAUGAAUCAAUUGGAAAAUCAUUACCCAAGGCUUUUCUAGAGCGUGUCAAAGAUGAAUUUGUGUCAAAAUAUGGUGGUGGAAAGGCUGCCACAACUCUUGCAAAUAGCCUUAACAAGGAAUUUGGCUAUUUGCACACGCCAAAGUUGAGGGAACAUAUGCAGUAUUGUGUUGAUCAUCCUGAAGAGAUAACCAAGCUUGCAAAGGUGAAACCUCAAGUUUCUGAACUUAAGGGUGUCAUGAUGGAGUUUUUUAAGAAAAGGACAAUUAUUGUGGACCGAUUGGGGAAUGGACACUUCUCUACGAUACAAUCUGCCAUUGAUUCAGUCGCUUCCUACAACAAGAAUUGGGUUUAUAUCUAUGUGAUGGCAGGCACCUACAGGGAAAAGGUGAAGAUCACUUCUGACAAGCCUUUCAUCGUACUAAAAGGAGAGGGACAAAAGAACACUUUUGUUGAGUGGCAUGACCAUGAUUCAAGUGCAGAGAGUCCUACGUUCACAACCAUGGCCGACAAUGUCGUCGUCAAGUCCAUUAGCUUUAGGAAUACAUACAAUAAUAACAGAAAUGCUAACUCAAUGGAAGCUGCGGUAGCUGCAAUGAUAUUUGGCGACAGGUCGUACUUCUAUGACGUUGGCUUCUUUGGUUUGCAAGACACUUUGUGGGAUGGACAAGGAAGACAUUACUUCAAGUCUUGUACAAUUCAAGGUGCUAUGGAUUUUAUCUUCGGCACUGGCCAAUCUUUAUAUGAGGACUGUACCAUAUCCGCUAUUGGUGCUAAUCUUGGUCCUGGCAUUAUUGGUUUUAUCACGGCACAAGGGAGAACAAAUCCAAACGAUGCAAAUGGGUUUGUUUUUAAGCAUUGCAAUAUCGUUGGAAAUGGUACAACUUACUUGGGAAGACCAUGGAGAGGUUAUGCUAGAGUUCUUUUCUAUGAUACUAAAAUCUCUAACAUUAUCCAACCAUUAGGUUGGCAGCCAUGGGAUUUCGCUGGGCACGAGGAUCACAUAACAUUCGCAGAGUAUGGCAAUUCUGGACCUGGUUCUGACACUUCCAAGCGAGUAAGUUGGUUAAAGAAAUUGGAUUCAUCAACAGUUAGCAAGUUGGCAACUACUAGCUUCAUUGACACCGAAGGUUGGCUAAAUACACUGACGCAGCUCUAAAUCACUUUCAGAAGGGACCAUAAGCAACCAUCAGUUUACGUACAUGAUUGUUUCUUUUAAUGUUGCUGAAAUGAGAACUCUUCAUGUUCCACCUAUUUCAGAAUUUUCCAAAACCAGGGUUUACAUAACAAUCAGAAGGGAGCUAUAGACACUAUUUUUAUUUUUU